AUGCUGACUCAGAAACUUCUGGGUAUUAAAACCAGACUUUUGUUUACGAGAUUUGUCUCUUGCAAAUCCUGUGGCAUAGAGCUCCAAAACAAGAAUCCUAAUGAACAAGGUUAUUAUACUGAGCCGAAGAAAGAGCCUUUAAUCAGAUCUCCGAAUCUUCAAGACGUGAAAUAUCUUCUUUUUACACAGAAUCCACGGAACGUCAGUCACGAAAAUUCAAUCCCAACUGAUUCGGAAGUGAGAAAUAAGCUGCAAAUAUUAAAUUGCAAACGAUGCUGCGAUGCUCUUCAUAGAAACCACUACAUAAAGGAAGAGUUCCCCAGGUAUUCUUUGAAGCAGGUUUCAAAUUCUAUACCAGAGAAGUCUGCGGUAUUUCAUGUCGUGCCCCUAACAGAUUUUCCUCUGCACUUAGAUAAAUCUGUGAUAACAGAUGAACAAUUUGAGACCUCACUUUUACUUACAAAGGGAGACCAGAUUACGCCAAAUAAGUCACUAUUACAGCGUAAAGCCCCAUUAUUCUUCAAGGAAUUUUGCAAGCUAUACCUGGGCAUUAACAGCAAUAAAACGGUAGCACUCUCUGCCCUAAGUAGUUGGAAUGUGCAGUCAGUUUACUCCAUGCUUGCUGCCUCCUCAUACCUAGUAGGUGCUCCUAAUGUAGGAAAAUCUACGCUCAUUAAUGCUCUUCUUCAGAAAUAUUCUGGUCGUAAGCUGAAGAAUGAGAAGAGCUUUGGGAAUGCAAAUUCAACGAGCGAAUUAGAAGCACUUAUUGACUCAAAAAGAUUUCUACACCUACAGACGGCAGGUGUGUCUCACAUCCCGAAUAUGACUAGAGCAGUACAACCAUAUAAAAUUGGUGAGAAAGUUUUAUAUGACCUGCCAGGUUAUUCGAAGAACAUGAACUCCAUUGAUCUUGAUUCAUUUAUUGACAAAAAACUACUGGAACGGAUAAGGAAGACUGAUCUUUUUAAGAAAAAGAAACUAGCGAAGCAAAGUUAUGCUUCGAUCAAGGGUAGUGAUAGUGGUCGAUGCUAUACAGUUAGUGGGCUUUUUUAUUUGAUUCCACCUCCCGGUACAAUCAAUCAAGUUGUUAACUACAUCCCUGGGGAAGAAAAACAAUAUAGAAAUAUAGACAAAGCACUAACAGUGAUUAAGGAAACUUACCAAAAUUCCGAAACCGCACCGCUAAAGAAAUAUGUUGGUGUUUCUGAAGAGAUGAGCUCAAAAGAAAAAUAUGUGAGACAUGUUAUUCCACCAUUCCAAGGAACGAUUGAAAUUGCAUUGAAAGACAUAGGCUUUUUUCAGUUGCGAUGCACGGGGAAGUACUCCUUUAAAGGUCUAUAUGAGAUAUGGGUACCAAAGGGAAUCGAGGUCUGCGUUCGCGAACCACUGUCACGUUUGAUAGAAGAGGGUUUCGAAAAAAGCAUAAUCACAAAAAGGCACUCGGUUGCUUGUCCAAAAGACAGAUCCGUCUUCAGCUCCACAUAUCCAAUGGCAUUCGAUGAGCAGGACGUUUUGUCAAAAAUGAGGGAAAUGUUUUUACAGAGAACGAGCGGCCAUAUUCUAUCACGUAGAUCUGUCCAAAACGAUCCAAUGGAUAUUUUGAACAAAUUGCAUCAAGAACCACCCAAUCUUUAUUGGUUUUAUUGUUGGUAA